AUGUUAUCCGAUGUUUCCGAGUCAGUGAAAGCGAGCGGUGAAGCUACGGUUCCCUCUGUUCCGGUCAAACCCGUCAAUCAAACCAGUGUCUUUUCCGGCGAUGAAAAAGCCGGCGAUGUCAGUUCCGUGAAAUCAGAAGUUCUCUCUGCGGCCUCCUCCGGUCCGAGCAAGUCAAUCGGCAAAGCCGGUGUUUCUGCCGGCCUCAACAUCGGCGCUAAGUACAAAGCCUUUGUCUCUUCCCGCGAUAAAGGCAAGGCUAUCGUUGGGAAGGCGAUCACCUUCAGAGACGUGACGUUCGGGCCAUAUGACGGCGAGAUACGGUUUCUUCUGAUCCAUUUGUGGGAGGUUUGGAAUGUUCAGACGAAGGUGCUUAUUGGCCUCGAGAUGAUCCUCAUCGAUGAAGAGGAAAAUGUUAUCCAGGAUUUCAUCCCUAAUGGAAGGAUUGAGACUCACUUGUGUCACAUGAAGGCCGGUGGUACUUACCGACUCAACAAGUUUUUUGGAUCAAAGAGCAAGCCUAUUUAUCGGGUAGCUGAACCAGAUGUCACCAUUAGCUUCUCAUGGAACUCUGUCCUCUAUAAUCUCGAGGACAGUUCCAUUAACUUCCCUGAGGAUCGGUUCCGGAUCCAUGGUUACAGAGAAUUCGAGGCUGCCUCUGAUCAAAGAGGUGAUCUUUAUGAUUAUAUAGGCCAUAUCAAACUUGUGAAUGGGCAAGUUCUCAGUGACGGUCCCCUUCUUGAUGAAACAGAGAUAGCUGCAUCCCGCCGAGUUGAACUUCAUGUUCAAACACAUGACGACCCCAUUCUGAAGUUAUACCUCUGGGACAAGGCUGCCUUCCAGUUCUGUAAGAAGUUCAAGGCAUCUGUAGGCACUGCCCGUGUUAUCUUAGUGACCACCUUAAACCCGAAACGGUUUGGAGGAUUCCUCUCUCUAUCUUCUAUGGCGUCUUCACGGGUAUUUCUGGAUAGUGAUGUCCAAGAAACCUGGUCUUAUCUCAGCUGGCUGGACUCGAACUUAGAUGUUGCCAACAUGGUUAAUGCAGAGGUGGUCACCAAGCCUGAGUUAGCGACUUUGGGAGACCUCUUUUCCUAUAUGAAUCAGGUUGCUUGGUUUGAGUGCACAACAACUAUUGAUGAUGUUGUGCACGGUUCUGGGUGGUAUUAUACAGGCUGCGGUGUGUGCCAUACCAAGGCGACCAAGGGACCUACAACCCUCAUGUGUAAGAAAUGUGGGAAGAGUGAGAUUGAUGGUGUGGCGCAGUACCUGUCUAAACCCUCUGUUUAUGACCAAAAGGAUCAAGCCGUAUUUGUUGUUCUUGGGGAUGCUGGUGAGGAGUUGACUGGAAAGAAAGCUGCUGAGCUAGUUGAAAGAUACUAUCAGGCCAAUGAGGAUGUGGGAGAGGAUCACAUAGUUCCAGUGCCUCAAGCCAUGAUUGAUACCCUCGGGCAAACAAGGAAGUUCAUUGUGAAGGUAUCAGAUCACAAUUUGAAUGGCAAAUCCCAGACUUUAACUGUGACAAAGGUGCUUCCUCUCGAACCCCCAGAACCCGUGGUCGAGACAGGAGAGAAGGAUCAAGCCGUAUUUGUAUUUGUGAUCUAUGUAGUUUAA